UGCGCGGGGGUCCCGGGCACGGAGGUCGGAGCGCAGGAAGGGCCUUUCCCCAUCGCGCACCCCUCUCCGCUCCCGGCUGUGCGGGUCGUUUACUCUGCGGCCUUGAGAAGGUCGCUGAGCUCUUAGGACCUGCGUCAGAGCCGGUGGCGGUGGCCCCCCUGCCUCCAGCCUCAGCCCCUCUCCCUCCUCCGUUUGAGGACUUGCAGGACGGUUCCGGGGACUGCGCAUUGUCACUGACGCUCUAAAGCCUGGCCUAUUGGAAGCGACUCGCCCUAGAGUCACAGAAGACUCUUUCCGUCCUCUGCCCCCGUCUGGGUGACCUUGGGCAGGGGGGCGUCCAGAAGCCACGCGCCAUGGCCGUGGGGAACAUCAACGAGCUGCCCGAGAGCAUCCUGCUGGAGCUGUUCACGCACAUCCCGGCCCGCCAGCUGCUGCUGCGCUGCCGCCCGGUCUGCAGCCUCUGGCGGGACCUCAUCGACCUGGUGACCCUCUGGAAGCGCAAGUGCCUGCGGGAGGGCUUCAUCACCGAGGACUGGGACCAGCCUGUGGCCGACUGGAAGAUCUUCUACUUCCUACGCAGCCUCCACAGGAACCUGCUGCACAACCCGUGUGCUGAAGAGGGCUUUGAAUUCUGGAGCCUGGACGUGAAUGGAGGUGAUGAGUGGAAGGUGGAGGAUCUCUCUGGAGACCAGAGGAAGGAAUUCCCCAAUGACCAGGUCAAGAAAUACUUCGUGACUUCUUAUUACACCUGCCUCAAGUCCCAGGUGGUGGACCUCAAGGCCGAAGGGUAUUGGGAGGAGCUGAUGGACACCACACGGCCGGACAUCGAGGUCAAGGACUGGUUCGCAGCCAGGCCGGACUGCGGGUCCAAGUACCAGCUGUGCGUUCAGCUCCUGUCGUCAGCACACGCACCCCUGGGGACCUUCCAGCCAGACCCGGCAACCAUCCAGCAGAAGAGCGAUGCCAAAUGGAGGGAGGUCUCUCACACGUUCUCCAACUACCCGCCCGGCGUCCGCUACAUCUGGUUUCAGCACGGCGGCGUGGACACUCACUACUGGGCCGGCUGGUACGGCCCGAGGGUCACCAACAGCAGCAUCACCAUCGGGCCCCCGCUGCCUUGACGCCCCCCAAGCUCUGAUCCCCCACACCCUGGCUGCUGUCAGGGAAGGGCUGGGUUAGGGACGGGGAGGGGGACCAGGCUCCCCCAGACCUCCUAGUUCACCCUAGACCCCCCGUUGCCUAUUUUAUGGAGACUCUCAGUUUGUGUGGCCCUCACAGGCCACAGGGGGCCAGUGCUCCUGGCCCAAGGUCUCAACCUGGAUGAGGGCAGGGGGGCCCUCUACGAAACAGGGCCCCUGAGUUUGGGGAGGUGCGAGGUAUUCUCGCGGGCUCCUCCCAGAGUGCUCCUCAGGCUCAGGUGCCCACCUAGAUGACCCAGAUGUGUGUCUCUGCCUUCCCCUCCGGGGCCCUCGCUCCCUGUCUCCACUGGGGGCCCUCAGAGCAGGGACAGUCAGGACACCCUGGCUGGCGCCGAUGCUGAGAGGUGACCGUGUGGCUCGACGGACCUGGGAGCGGACGGGGGCUGUGCCGGCCUCUCUUCUAUCCCAUUCUGUCACUGCCAAGCUCCUUGCUCGGCCUGCCUGCUCGGGGAGGGGACUCGGGAUGAGGCUCAGGCCUCGUCUGACACGGGCAGGGCCACGAUGGGGGUGGGGGCCAGGCCAGGCCUGGACUGACCCCACUGUCCAGGAAGUCCCAGAAGUCAGGUGGACAUCAUGUGGGGGGGGGACUGGGUCUCCAAAGACCCCUGGAAUCCUGUGCAUGGUAACCCAGGGUGUGUGGGGGGUAGGGUUAGACCCUGAUUCUAGGAGUGGGGCAUGGAAGCCCUGGGUGAGGUGAGUGGCUGGCCUUCAAGGACCACCCGUCGGCCCCACGCCUCGGCCAGCUCCCCUGCGGCUUGGGAUGCCCGCCCCCAGCCCUGGAACCGCCACCCCCAGAGCCCCCCCUCCCUGUCUGAGGGCACCCCUGCCUCUCCCUGCUGCUGGAAGGAAGCAGUGCUCUGAUUCUGCCCCUGCUGCAUGCAGCUGAAUAAAAGGUGUUCCCAGCCCAACCUGUGCCCUGUGGUUUCUGGGAGGAAAGGCGAGGUUCGUGGGAAGUCGUGCCCUGCACCUGCAGAAGGUACCGCCGGGCAGCUUCUGUCCAAGGUACGGGGAGUGGCUGACACGCAGGAGCCAGACUACGGCAGGGCGAGGGCCUGGUACAGACCCCUUAAUCCGCAGCCAGCGUCUCGCCCAGCAGCCCUCCGGAGGCCCGGCCGCAAGGCUGGGGUGGUGGCGCGCCUGCGUAUCUAGGCGGCCCCCGAAUACGCUGACGCGCGGUGCAUCACAGCAC